AAGCUCUUUAACGCUUGACUCUCUUGUCUGAAUAAAGAGGUUUCAGACUGGAAACACACAUGCAAAACGAACGUGAUUUUGUAAUAAUAGCGAGUAGAUUUCCUUAACUUAAGUUUGUGAAGUUGCCAAUGUUCCGCUGAUUUUCGUCAUAUUUUCUGAAGGUAUGGCGGGUACAGAUCUAAAAAAGGUUGAGGAUUUCAAGAAUAGACUGCUUGAGGAGGCUGAGAAACUCGUUCACACUGUCUUCCCACAAAAGAUUGUUGAGCUGAAUGAGCUGCAUCAGUCAGAGACUUUGUCCAGAAGUAGAAUGCCUGAAGUUCACAGCAAGCUCAACAUCCCCAUACCAGAACCACUGGUUGUCAUCAACAGUGAAAUGCCAGAGAGAAAAAAGAGGAAGGUGGAUGAAGACGGGGAAGUGAAUUCAGUCCAAGGAUCCAGGGUGUUGGCACUACCUGACGGCUUAGCACCUUGCAACAAACACUUGGUGGAUAUUAUCAACAUAUUGAAGCCUAAGGUUUGCCUGAUGAUUGACCACAUAAACACACUCAAGAUGUGGAUCCAACUUCUCAUCCCAAGAAUCGAAGACGGAAAUAACUUCGGUGUCUCCAUCCAGGAGGACACAUUAGCGGAGCUGAGGCAAGUUGAGAGUGAGACCGGUGCAUAUCUAGACCAGAUAUCCAGAUACUUCAUUACACGGGCAAAGCUCAUCAGCAAAGUGGCCAAGUAUCCACAUGUUGAAGACUACAGGCGGAGUGUUUCCGAAAUUGAUGAAAAGGAAUUUCUCAACUUGAGGCUUACCUGUGCAGAGCUCAGGAACACAUACCUUUCUCUGUAUGAUCUCAUCAUGAAGAACAAGGAGAAAAUUAAGAAGCCACGAAACAGCAAUGCAGAAACACUCUACUAAAAAAAACACUCGCAGUCACAUCGUCAUGGCAACCUGAGGACUGGUGAAAUCUCUUCAGUUACAAAUAAACGUCCAUCGGCAACAAAGUUAUGCCACAUUUGUAGUUGCUGUCUGUUUUUUUUUGGGGGGGGGGAGAGAGGAUCUGCACAUGUUAACUGCAUUGGGGAGAUACCAGUUUAAGGCUCAGCACAAUCAAUUCAAUUCAGGUCAAUCAAUUCAAUUCAGGUCAACAAUUUCUCUGUAAAAAUAAACGGGGGGAAAUAAAAAUCAGCAACAAUAUUUGCACAAAGAUACCCACAUUUAAACUUGUAAAAGUCUCUUUUUUUCCAGUAACUUGUGAGGUAUUGAGGACAGGUUUUAUUAUUUGGACUCGGGCAUGUUGUUUCAUUUCCAUGCUGCCCAAGGUAAGCACGAAGGUUUUUCUGUUAAUCUUAAAUUUCAUAUUGAUGUGGUGUUUCAUUCAGUUCAUUUUUGUUUUUUCUUGUUUGGUGUGCAAACUGUUAAAUUAUCACUUGCAUAAGAAGUCUACUUUAUGUGUUUAAUAUUUAUCAUAAAUUGUCAUCUUUGACUGCAGGGAGCAAGGCAAAGGUAACAGAAUUUAACUGGAAUUUCAGUUAGUCCCCCUAAAAUGUUUCAAUGUUGAUUAAUAAAUCCAUAAGGUGUGGAGAAAUUUUAAGAAAAUCCCAAGGUCAAAUCACAGUAACUGCAUUUGAUUAUGCAUGUAUAAGUCAAGUCUGUCAUAAGUAAAUGUUGCUCAUCAGUGUGGCAUUUAAUGCCGGUUUCAAUAGCAUGAAUUGACUGAGAAGACAUGUACAUGUAUUUCUAUUCCCCCUGGAUGGGAUGCUAAUUCAUUACUGCCCAGCUAAUGCCGGUACCCAUUUAAACUUAUGGAUGGAGAGAGCCAAGUAGAGGUGAAGUGGCUUGCCCAAGGACACAACAUAAUGGCCAGUAGCUGGAUUCGAACCCUUGACCAUCUUGAUUUGGUUACAGAAAUGUUGAAAUUUCUGCAUAGUCUGGUGCUGAUCAUGGUGAUGCUGAUUUCAUAUUGCCUACCUUUGUACUGGGACAGGGUACUACAUUCCUAUAUGUUUGAAGGACGAAGUACCCUUUAAUCAUGACAUGUUUACUGUAAGAGUAGAGUAACCUUUAAACUAGUUACUUUUUGAAAGGACAAGCUAGGGUAAGAGGAUAGUCAGUGUAUAAUAAAUGUUUCAAAAAGGCUGUACACGAAAACCAAA